AUGCAGACCAGCAGCACCCCACCAAGAAAGAUCAAUCGGAUUUCAUUUCUGGAUCAAGGCUUUAGUAUUGGCGAUUCGGAGUAUAAUGCCCCUGGGUCACCCAUCAAACGAUCACAUUGGAAGCAACUGUCAUCAGUAAAUCGAUGCACCCUUUGUGACACGACACUAAGUGUCAAGAACGGUAUAGUCAACUGCCGCAAAUGUGGAGAAUUGUUUUGCAAUGAACAUACUCAUUAUAAGGUACGAUUACGGAAUCCAGAUAAAGGUGAGACGACUCCACAGUAUGACUCUCGGGGAGUAUGGUGCAGAUGUUGUGAGACUUGCUUUUUCAAUAAACAGAAAUCUACUGAAGUCAACAGUGUUGAUUUGACCGAACAGUUUAAACAGAAACGUUUAGCAAAAGUCGAAGCACAACAAUUACAUCGAACAAGAAUACAGCGCAACUUUAUAAAGUUGACAGAUUCAUUAAUGAACAAGUCCUCAGUGGAUGGUAUUGCAAAUUGGUCUCCCAAUACUAAGAAUUGUUCUAUUUGCUUUGUGGAAUUUAAUUUAUUUAUAAGACGGCAUCACUGUCGCUUAUGUGGUAGUGUUGUUUGUGAUGAUCCGAAUGGCACUCGCAAAGGUUGUUCAAUGAAUGUCCCGUUGGUGAAACUAGUUGAAAAAUUGCCGCAGUUGAAUUACACACACGAGUACGAGGAAAUAGAUGAAAACUUACGGUUCAGAUGUUGUAUUGAUUGCAAGAAUUCUCUAUUGUUUGAUUGGAAGAGAAAUCUUGAUAGUGAUAAUAAAGUGUUAACCAUGUAUGAAGCGAUGUUACUACAAAGACAACAGAUCGAGAAGUUGAUGCCACAGUAUGAGCAACUCGUAGGCGACAAUGACGAUUCAAGCAAGUUGCGUAACAAAUUGGUUCACGUUUUAAAAGAAUUGGAAAUUUUAGUUUUUCAAUUUAGAGAUGAAUUUUUCACAAGAGACAAUGAACGUAUUGUGAUUCGUAUUGGAUAUGAGCAGUAUGAAAAAGUCAUUACAAACAUCUAUCAAGGGGUCGCAGUAUUUUUACAGGAUAAUUUGUUAAAAUAUAAACAGAUUACCGAAAAGUACAAGCAAAAGACGGAGAUUCCAAGAACUCCAUCUCCUCCGCGGCUUACUAAGAAAGAGAUUAGAGAAAUGAGAGAACAGUUGAUGGUGAUGAAUGAGCAAAAGUUCCUUGUUGAAAAUUUAAUCAAAGAGUAUACCAAAGCGAGACGGUUUGAUGAGUUGGAUUCAUUGAUAGCCAAUAAAAACGAACUAAACGAAACGAUUGCAAGACUUGAAAGUGAAUUAGGAGAGUUUGGAUUUUAA